GCUCCCACCUCUCCCCACCCCGUCGGGUACGGGAAGGUCCCAGCCUCUGCCAGGUGCCCGAGGGCCAUCGUGGCCGCCGCCACGGGUCCUCAUGGAGCCGCCGCAUCUGUACCCGGUGAAGCUCUACGUGUACGACCUGUCCAAGGGCCUGGCCCGGCGGCUUAGCCCCAUCAUGCUGGGGAAACAAUUGGAAGGCAUCUGGCACACCUCCAUAGUUGUGCACAAAGAUGAGUUCUUCUUUGGCAGUGGCGGAAUCUCCAGCUGUCCCCCGGGAGGGACAUUGCUUGGGCCUCCAGACUCUGUGGUUGAUGUGGGGAGCACCGAAGUGACAGAAGAAAUCUUUCUAGAGUACCUGUCCUCCCUGGGGGAGUCUCUGUUCCGAGGUGAAGCCUACAACCUCUUUGAGCACAACUGUAACACCUUUAGCAACGAAGUGGCACAGUUCCUGACCGGGCGGAAGAUCCCGUCUUACAUCACUGACCUGCCCUCUGAAGUCCUCUCCACGCCCUUUGGACAAGCCCUCCGGCCUCUCCUGGACUCCAUCCAAAUCCAGCCUCCUGGAGGAAACACGACUUGUGUCAUCUUCCCUCCCCUGCUACAAGCAGGGACCAGAGCUGCAACCGACACAGCUUGGAAUUGGGAAAUUGACAGCCAGUACCAGGCCAGAGAAAACAGGAUAAAGCCAUUCCUCCUCCCACCCAGACUGAUCGCCAAUCCUCCGCCAUGGAUUUGGGAAAACCUGCCUUGCUGGUGAGGCUGCUUGGCGGACCUGCUACGGUGGAUAGGGCUGGGCCAGAGCCGCAGAGACCCAGGCCCUCCGCCUGCACAGAAACCACACCUGGCCCCAUAUGCAGCAUUCAGCUAGGGACCAAAGGGACAUGAGUCCCAGCUUAGGGAAUGUAGAAAGAAUAUGAUGCACAAUCAAGAUGGCAAGAAAAUUUAGAGUUGUUUCCAAUAGGACUUUUCCAUUAUCCUGCAUGUGACUUGAUGGCACACAUCAUUUCCAUUGUCAUCCUGACUUUAAGGAGGUGCGACUGGGGUAUGAGUGGGCAUUUUCCUAAUGACUUGCUGCUGAGUUUAUAAGCAGAGCAGUCUGGAAGUCUCAGAUCUGGGACAGCUUUCAGACAUCCUUUCUUCACGUGUAUUCCACAGCUUAGUUAGGAGAGGGUGGAGAGGGGCUCAGAGCUGCUAGGUGCCUGGCCCUUGGCUCUGCUUCCUGGGCCCCUCCUGCCCUGGCUCCCUGCCCCCUCUAAAACUUGAGUCCAACCUCCCCUUCUGGGGCAGGGGCCUUUCCUCCCUGAAAUCUGCUGCUCACCCUGGCCCUGCCCCUGCUGUAUUUGCCAUUAGCCAUAGAAGUUGGCAUUAUCAGGGUCUCAGCUAGAGGGAAAGAUGUCAUUCUGCCUUGGUGUCUGCCUGUGAUCUGACGGGCAUGUCCAGCUGGUGUCAACUGAGAUUUUAGAAUUUAAGGUCAGGCCAACUGAGUGAAUGGUUUAGUUCUCAGGCCCAGUGUGUGCAGCAGUAAUUAAUCAGAGCAGAAAGAAGCAGGAAUGGCUUGAUGCUGACCUACUGGCAGUUUCAGGGAAAAUGGGUGUCAGAGGCUGGGUUUCUUCCUGGAGGGAAGCUGGUUGACCAGCAUCCCACCGGUGUCCUUCCCUUUUCCUGUCUGCCUGAAGCACACAUCUCUACCCAGAGGGUAAUGAGCUUUUCUCCUAUCCCAUGUCUGGGCUCAGCUCGUUUUGCUCCUCGCAGUGGUCACUUUCAGACCCAGGGCUCUUCUGAGUUCUCCUGAGUGACUCCAUGAGGGAACUUGAGUCACUUGAUUCCUUGAAUGCUACCCUUCAUGUCCAGCAGCCAUUUGUGCCACUGCUGUGCCCUGGGUUGGUGGAAGAUGGAGGCGCGGGUGAGUGUGACCCAGAGCCCGUGGGCGGGCAAGCUGCUCUCCCCCAUCCCAGCCCCGCCACUCAGGGCAGAAGCCAGGCCUGAGCUAGGCCCUGCAGCCACAUCCCACAUCUCCGCCCAUCCCAGAGCCUCAGGAGCACCCUGGGGACCAGGAAGCGAAUGAGUCAUGCACUGUCACGAAGUGGACGCCUCUUAGAGGUCUAAAGGGACAAGGAAAGAGGAGCAGUGGGACCGUCACCCUCUCCCAGGAACAAAGCUCAUACCUUUGAGAUUCGAUUACACCCUUGAAGUCAGGCUGAUAAUUGUGUCCCAUACAGAGGUGUUUGCUGGUUUUCAUUGGUGUUUUUCUAAUGCAAUAAACUCAUUUCUGCCUGCUGCAUUUGUGUGGUGCUCA